AGGAGCCGCGCCGCGUGCCGGCAGCCGGGGCUGCCCAGGCUGCGGAGGCUGCGGUGCCGCCGAGCGGCCGGCGCGCGUGCUGGGGGCCGCAGCAAGGGGGGCUUUCCCACAGACCGGCAGCCGGAGGACCCAAAGUUUCUGCAGGCAGUCCCUGCCUCCCGCCCCAGGGCGAGGCGCUCCCGCGGAGGAGGGGGGGCGUCGUGGGGGUCCAGGGCAGCUCCGCACCCCCACGCCCUCCCCUGACCCCGGGCCAGGCACCGGAGCCUGCUGACCUCGCCCCCCCCGCCCCGGUCCCACCGCCCUUCACCCUUUCUCCUCUUGGUGGACCCGGGACCGUGGAGAUCCGGAGACGCCUCUGGGAGCUGACCCCGAUGGGGAGCUGGAAGUGGGUCUGAAAAGCAGUGCACUGGACCCUGUAGACAGCAGCAUCGGAUCUAAGCAGGCGGCCACGCUGAUGCCAGGAACUGCACAUGUGACUCCUUCCAGCACCCUUCUCCCCGCUAAGGAAUGACAUGAAAGCGCCUCUUUUUGGUUUGCAGAGGCAGGGAGCUCUCUGCCCCUGCAUCAGUUGCUUUGGAGACCUCUGUCUGGAACUGCCGCCCAGAACUUCAUCUUGACACUUACAUCAUGGUAGGUUUGUAAAAUCUUUUCCUUUGGAUAUUGUCGCACGGAUCAGAUUCUUCGUUGAGGCCUGUUGGCUUCCAUGGCUUGUGCAAGAGCCCCUCUUCCUCAAGGUGUUCUGUGAGACGCUGCUCAUUCCCUGUAGGACUAAUGGUGAUGGAAGAAGAUUGUUAGAAACCAGACUCCACUUCAUGCCUGCAUGGUUGCUGAGAGAUGCCAGCCUAGCUCCUGGGGGAGAGGCACUACAGCUCAUCCACUUACCUGCCACCAGCAACGUGGCCGAGAAUUCUCCACCUGGGACUUCGGUGCACACGUUCUCUGUGAAACUGUCAGCGUCACAGUCACCUGUGACCCCAGGAUUUCCACUGAUCCUCAACUCCAGUCCCCUCACUGACGCCUUUAGGGUGAACCGACUGUCAGACACCGACUUUGAGGUCGUCACCACUGGGAAGGAACAACUCGAUUUUGAAACAGGACCAAACGUAUUUGAUUUGCAGAUUUACGUUAAGGAUGAGGUUGGUGUCAUAGAUCUGCAGUACCUGAUGGUCCAGGUAGCAGAUGUGAAUGAGCCCCCUCAGUUUCCGGGCAAGUUGGCAGAAGGUCUGGACCUCUACAUCGUAGAAGGAGCAAAGCCCGGAUUCAUUUACCAGGUUGAGGCCUUCGAUCCGGAAGACACGAGACGGAACGUACCGCUCAGUUAUUUCCUGAUUUCUCCCUCAAAGAGCUUCAGAAUGUCUGCCAAUGGCACCCUCUUCUCCACCACGGAACUGGACUUUGAAGCAGGACAUAGCAGUUUCCAUCUCAUUGUGGAGGUGAAGGACAGCAGCGGCCUCAAAGCUUCCACAGCGCUGCAGGUGAAUGUCGUGAACAUCAAUGAUGAGAUCCCUCGCUUCACCAGCCCUACGCGAGUAUACAGGAUUCCAGAGGAGCUGAGCGUAGGAACCAUCGUGGCUAAUGUCACCGCGGAGGACCCUGAUGACAAAGCUGUCCCCAGCCACCUCCUGUACAGCAUCAGCAUGGCCAGCAGCUAUUUUAUGAUAAACCAGCGGACGGGCACGAUCCAAGUGGCCCAGAGGAUAGACCGCGAUGCAGGUGAAUUACGACAAAAGGCCACCAUCUCCCUGGAAGUCCUGGUGAGGGACCGCCCUGCAGGGGGGCAGGAGAACCGCGCGCUCAUAACCUUCCUCGUGGAGGACAUCAAUGACAACCCCGCCACUUGCACCAAGCUCACCUUCAGCGUUCUCGUGCCUGAAAGAGCGGCCAACGGCACGUUGCUCCUGGACCUGAACCCGUUCUGCUUUGAUGAGGACGGCGAAGCCCCGAACAACAAAUUCAACUUCAGCACGCCAUCUGGAGUGGGCAGCAGCGGCCGGUUUUCACAGGAGCCAGCUGGCUCUGGAAAAAUUGUGUUGACUGGUGAUCUAGAUUAUGAAAAUCCAAGUAAUCUGGCAGCCGGCAAUGAAUACACAGUGAUGAUCCAGGUGCAGGACAUCGCCCCUCCUUACUAUAAAAAUGACAUCUACCUUUACAUCGUAACAAGGCCAGAAAAUGAGUUUCCUCUGGUGUUUGAUAAGCCAUUCUACAUAUUUAAUGUGUCAGAAAACAGACCAGCUAUGACCCGGGUUGGACAGGUGCACGCGGCUGAUCCAGACUUCCCGAAGAGCAGCAUCAUGUACUCCAUCUCCAGCGGAGGGGCUGGCCUCCAGUACCCGAAUGUAUUUUGGAUCAAUCCCAAGACAGGAGAACUCCAGCUGGUGACUAAAGCAGACCAUGAAACAGUCCCAGUCUACACCCUCAGAAUCCAGGCCACCAACAGCGAGGACACAAGCCUGGUCACCGUGACUGUGAACAUCCUUGAUGAAAAUGAUGAAAAGCCAGUUUGUAUCCCAAACUCCUACGUCCUGGCUAUCCCAGAGGAUCUGCAAGUUGGCACAAAUAUUCAGAAUUUCAAGCUGACGUGCACUGACCUUGAUUCCAGCCCCAGGUCUUUCCGUUACUCCAUUGGUCCAGGCAACAUCAACGGUCAUUUCACCUUCUCUCCCGAUGCCGGAUCCAACGUCACACGUCUGCUGCUGGCAUCCCGCUUUGACUAUGCUGGUGGGCUUGACAAGACCAGGGACUACCGACUCCUCGUCUACAUAACGGAUGACAACUUGCUGUCGGGCAGGAAGAGGGCCGGGGCUCUUAUUGAAACAGGGACAGUGACCCUGAGUAUUAAAGUCAUCCCCCAGCCAACCACGAUGGUCACCACAACUCCCUGGCCCAGGGUCACCUACCAGAUCCUGAAGAAGAACAUUUACUCUUCCUCUGCAUGGUAUGUGCCUUUUGUCAUCACGCUGGGCUCCAUCUUGCUUCUGGGCCUGCUGGUGUCCCUGGUCGUCCUGUUGGCCAAAGCCAUCCUCAGACACUGCUUCUGGAAGACCAGGGUGGACAAGAAGCUUCUGGCAAAGAAAGGAGGAAUGAAGAAUCCCAAGAGAGAGGUUGUGGUGGAAACUGUCCAGAUGAGCACCGUCUUUGAUGGGGAGGCCACAGACCCAGUGACUGGGAAAAUAUAUGAAUUCAACUCCAAAACAGGAGCCAGAAAGUGGAAAGACCUGCUAACCCAAAUGCCAAGAUGGAGAGAGCCCAGCCCCUGGGGAGCUGCCCCACACAGAGUUGUUGAUGGGGAAGGGCUGGGGCCACGGAGGGGCCCUGAGCAGGAAAUAGAUGGGCUGAGUGACAACGCACCUGCUGCGGACGCUGGCCUGGCUUCCCAAAAUGGGGCUGGCAAACCGAAGCACAGGAACCCAGCCCUCAUGAGCAGGGUUUCCCCCAGACCCCACCCAGGAAAUUAAGUGGUGUCCAGGUAACACCAGGGGAGGGCUGAGUGACAGCAGGGUGCUGCCUUGACCUGAGUUCUAAGGAGGCAGUGGGGGGCUUGGCACAGUGUGGACUCAGGAGUCCCCAUAGGGUAUGUAAUGAUGUUUAAGCAAAUUGAAAGAGGUUGGAUCACACAGUUGCCUUCUGAGACGGCGUCCAAUCUGCUGAGACUGUGAACUUCUGGACGCCCAGUUGCUGCGUUCCUUCUUUGCAUUUCCUGCUGGGAAGCUCUGUUCAGCUCGCCCCUGGAAGAGCAGAGGACUUUCUGAAGACCACACCACGUCUGCUUUCGUCUUCUUUCUCUGCCUUCAUUUUAGCAUCACCCAGUUUCCUUCACUGAACCAUACUCUAGGGUUCAGCACCAAGCACACCUUUGUGAAUCACCUCACGUCUUUCUGAAAGAGGCAGAACAGUGAAGGUAAACACUCAUGGCAUCUGAGCGAGUACCAGGGCCUGCGAUUGCCGGAGCAAUUGCUGCAUAUUACCAAAGAGUCCCAGAGUGGUGGUGUUAAUGCCCACUCCAGCAGCAAAGAUCCAUAGUUCCAACUGCUGAAUAUCCUUGCCAACACUUGGAAUUGUCAGUCUUUGUAAUUUUAGCCAUUCUGGUUAAAAGAACGCAAAGCGAGGCCUCUGUUUUUCUCAGAGCUGGAACACUCCAGUGGUACAAUCUGCGUGCCCUGUUCCUCCCCACUUCCUGUAGAUGGCAGGAAUCGCAUGGCUCUGAGGAGAGACACAUGGGAAGCUCUACCCAAGCACACAAUUCAGACUUUCAUCCAUUGUUGUGAGCAGCAAACUGAGAGUGAGUGAUGCAAUGAUUGUCUAGGAAAUGGAGUUUCCAGUGUGUGCCCUGAAGAGAGUGAACAAGCCUGGCUGUAGCUCCCUGCCCUGCACCCCAGCGGCUCUGGCCUCAGUCCAAUAAUCCCAAGCAAGGACCCGGUGAGAGCCGAUGAAAGCAGGACUUGCUUUCCCAGCUGGGCAUCAGAUGGGAGGGACCCCCACCCCCACCUCCACCCUCACCCUGAGGCCCACAAUGGCCUGUGGGAGACAGGCAGGAACCAUCCUGCAAAGGAAGAAUUUCAGAGAGAGCAGCUGCCUGUUUUCUGUAUGGCCGUGCAUCAGCGCAACUUCUCAAAAACAGAGAAGCAUUUGUGAAGUGCCCUGGCCUACCCCGGGUUGGGUGUGAUUUGUUAAUAAGGGCUGGCUGCUACAGAGCUCCCUUGAAUGGGCUUCAAUUUUGCCGAAGCAGGCAGAGCUGUUCAUUCGUGUGGUGUAAAGUGGGUGAAGUGGCUGAUUACCCAUUUAAGACUUUGCAAGUCUGUGGGGCCCCGAGUCAAAUGCCUUCCUCCGAAGCUCUCGGCUUCAAUGCAAGUAAAAUGAGGCUGUGCAAAGGCUGAAGGGGACCUUAAUAACUGUUUAUAAGCCCAUUAAGGAUGAUUAAAAGGAGGGCGGUGAGCAGCUGUUCGUUCUCCUACGAUACCCAGGCAAGAGGGAAUCGUCUGCAUGGCCAGGAGAGAUCUAAGUUAGGCACAGGAAGGGACUUCCCAAGGGCUGGGGUCUGUCGGAAGAGCCCAGCGUCUUCCUGGGAGAUGCGGGAAGAGCUGAUGGCCUUCCAAGCCCCAAGGUGGAUCCUGAGGAAUCUGAGAAAUGGGUGCGGGAGCGGCACCAGGAGACCUCAGCGGAGGGAAGUCUUGCACCCCCUCUUCUUUUGCAUAUUUGGUUCUUUGAUGAAGGGACAUCUGGAAGUUUGGGGUCCAGGGAUAAGGGCAUUUUGUUUCUAUUCACCGUGUUUGGAGGGAAACAGAAGUUGCCUAAAUGAAGUGAAGCCACUUUUCUCUUCUGCAGCCUUCAACAUGUAGAUCAGUUCUCACCCAUGCUCACUUCCCUGGUGUGACUGCUUAUGAAAUACAUUCACCCACAUGCCAGGAUUCGACUAUGUAGACUUGUUAUUGUCGAGUUUAAACCUGUUACUUUGGGGCCAAGUUAAGCUGCUAUUUGUGAUGUGGGCAUCCCAUACCAGAAGGCUGGUGUGAGUCCUGGCUGCUCUGCUUCCCAACCAGCUUUCUGCUAACCCAUUUGGAAAAGCAGUGGAAAAUGGCCGAAGUACUUUCACCCCUCCCACCUGUGUGGAAAACCCAGAUGAACAUCCAGGCUCCAAGUAUCAGCCUGGCCCAGCCCCAGCCAUUGCAGCCAUUCGGGGAAGUGAACCAGCAGAUGGACGAUCUCUCACUUUCUGUCCCUCUGCCUUUCCAAUAAACAAUUCGGACUUUA